CGUACCAGGGCAUUUGGGGGCCUACAAGUGUCAUAUUCUAACCCAACUGGAAAACUCUAGUGUAUAGUAUCUAGAUAGGGUCUUAGUUUUAUUUACAUUUAUCGCUCAUUCACCCCUAUUUCAGGUCAACUGACAGGCGACUUACUGGACUAAAUUAAGGAGCAUUUGCCGAUCCAUAAAAAUACUCACAUUUACAGAUGCUAAAUAAUGCGUGAAGAAUUAUCUCAGAAAUUACAUUCUCUUCAGGAACGCAAACGUCUUAUGUGUUCUCGUUCGACGAAGAUCCGAGAAGUUGAAUUAAAAAGGAAAAUAAUUAACGAUGUUCUAGAAAUUGUGCCAAAAUCAUCAUCGACUGCUGCAUGCCUCCGUGAAAUUGAAUUCGAGAUAAAUAAACAAGAUAUAACUGUACGACCUUGGAAAAAAAGAAAACUGAUGAAGUCAAUGGAUUCUACAAAUAAAACGACUCCCCUCUCUUCAGUUGUUUUGAACCCAUCUACUUCUAAAGAUCUAAGUCGUAUUCAUGCCGAAAGUUUACAUAAAGGCACUUUAGAAUGGCGUUUGAACCAAGCAAUCGACAAUGGACAGAUUGACCUAGCAGAAAAGAUAAGUGACUCUAUUGGAAAUCGUUUGUUUUCUACAACUUCCGACAAAAAUAUUCAUUUGACUUUGGGCAAGCAAGGUGAAUACAAAGAGGAAUUAAAAAAUCGGCGACCUGUUUGGCUGCUAAAGAACGGUGGGAAGCCAAGUCCAAUAUGUAGCGAUGUAACUAUCGCAUCCAACGACAUUGGAGAUUAUACGGGGAUUUUUAAAAGCCAACUGUGCUCUUAUACUUUGAUAAAUUUCUUCUAGGGAAUAACUCACUAUUUUACGCAUAUUUCAUCAUACUCUGUUUAAUAACACAUACAUAAUACCCAACAUUAGAUUCUUUUUACUUAAAACAUCAGUUUUAUGCUCCAUGAUUUCAUCUGUCACUCUCUCGAAAACUGGACUGUAGAUUUACGUAACUACUGAGUUAUGUUGUUCAUAUCUACAAAGGUCAAUGUAUUACGUUCAUGAUAAUCGUUCCCUCUAAUACAUAAAAAUUCAGUAGCAUGUGAUCAGAUAUUGAAGUUAAUUGAGUUAUCUUGUUAGUAAUGAGAAUAUUUCAUGUUACUUUACUUGUGGUCAUCAAAUCGUACACUCUAAGUAGAUAUGAUACCAGAUAAAUCAUACUUUCGUUAUUAGAUAGGUAAACAUUAUACUGCUGUUUGUACAGACUUGCUCACAGUACGUAGCGAAGUGACUAGACAGAUAUAUACUACAUCUAAAAGAAAAAAUACAGAUGGUUUGACCCGACUCAUUUAUCCUGAGUAGGUUGUUUUUCAUAUUUUCAACUUCUAACAGACUGUUACUUAGCUAUCAGUCGGAAGUGUUUCCGGAUUCUACACUUUAUCGACCGUCUCAACAUAAAAUCUAGACUAUCUAAAUGAGCUUGACAACCUCCUGAGAUGUUUUCAUGUGUGAACAGUCACGUGCGAAUCCUGUUAUACCAGUAGCCCCUAAAUGCCCAGGUACGACUGAGGGUGAGGAAAGUCAGCUCUCACUCUCGAAAUGCUUUCACAUGACCCGUGCAUGCAACCAGUGCCAGGGAGAUUCUACUUACUAUUUUCUCGAGGCGGUGUGUUGUUUAUGAAAUUGAGAGGACAAAAGGCGAAUGUCCGGCGCUUUGACUAGGUUGGCGGACACGGAGUAUUCACCUAGGGAAUUUGGGAAACCCUGAUUCCAAAGCAAUGGUGUACAUGGACUCUAGUAUCCUGAGAAAACAAAUGACGUAUAAACCAAUUGUUGGUCACCCACUACCAUGGGAUUGUAUGUAUUCGGUGCCCCUUAGUACCAAUAUUUAUUUUUUCACAUAAAUAAUUAUACUAGUGGGAUUCAGCCAGUAUACCUCGAUGUCUGUAGGUAGCCUAGAGUCUUUAAUUUAAAAUAAAUAUUUAGCCCCUCAACAGGUUCUUUCUUAAUAUUGUAGCCUAUUUGCACUAUGAAGGAUAGCUAUAUAUAUGAAUCAGUUUUACCUUGUUACGAUACUCAAGAUUAACAAUUCCAGUUUGCGUUUCUUUCAUGCAUCAGCAAGAUCUAGAAUUUAUAGUUAAUUUCCAACGUGUCAUCAAGAUAUCGACCAGAUUUUAAUUUAUACACCACCAUGGCGAACUUCUAUCCGAAAGCUUGAAGUGUCUACUAAUUUAUUACGGGGACAUGUGCACUGCUAGAAUGUAUUGUCACUAUUUACCCUUGAACUACCUACUAAUGUUUCCAACGAGUUAAUGACAUCCAAUCCUGUCAUUAUCGCAAUUUCAGCGGAAAAAAUUAACCUUUUAGAAAUAGCGCAACAUCCGCCUUUUGAGAUUUAAAACUAACAUCUGGAUCAUUUCUGACAUCAUAUAAAAAUAGACCUUAACACCUCAGCUUCACAUAUCGAUAUCCCUAUUGUUUGGUAUCAUUUACUAUUUCUAUAACGUCUGGAUUCCUUGCUAAGUAUAGAGAACAUAUCAGCUUAUUGAUCGAAUUUUUAAGAGCAUUUAUUUUCAAAGUAAUACAUCAAAUUAGUAAAGAGUAAGCUGACAAGAAUACAAUUCAGAUUAAGAGGUAGCAAGAUAAAUGCUUCGAAAUAAACACACAAUAUAAUCAAUUGGACAAGUUAUAA